GCGGCGGCGCGGCACGCGGAGUGCCAUGGCCGCCGGUGGCGGGCGGGAGCUGCUCGCCCUCAUCCACCAGCACCUGCUGCGCGGCGGCUUCGCGCGGGCCGCCCGCGAACUGCAGGCGCAGACCGGGCAGAAGUUGCUCCCUUCCCUCUCGACCUCUCUCGAGGACAUCUUUACUCACUGGGAAAAAACUCCCCCAAAUUCGAGGAGAAGAAAGUUGAGUGAUGACGAGGCAGCCAUCCCAGAAAAGAUCAGAAUUCCUGAUCCUGUGAGCAGCUCUGAGAGCUCAGAGAAAGAAGAGGAUGAGAAAGAAAAGGCAAAAGCUGCAAAUGCAGCCAGCCUUUCUCUGGCCACAAACUCAGCAGUGACUGUAGAAAGCAGUGAGGAGGAUGAGUCCUCGUCAGAAGAGGAGACGCCGGCUGGGAAAGGUGCAGUGGCGGUAACACCAGCUGUGGUGGGUGGCAAAGCUGCCAACUCCCUGCAUUCUCCUCCCAAGCCCACUGCCCCGGCGGGCAGAGCAGCGGCACUCCCUGCUCCCGACAGAACUGUGCUCUCCAACAACAAGCAGCAGCCCAAUGCUCUGGCUGCAGCUCCAGCUCCAGCCAAGGCCCAGAAACUGCCUGCUCCUGGGAAACCCAAACAUGCCACAGCAGCUGUGGCCAAAGUAGGGCAAAGCAAAGCACCAGUAGUGAGCAAAGCACCGGAAAGUUCCAGCAGCAGCAGCAGCUCCUCAUCCGAGAGCGAGGAGGAACAGGAGACACCGAAGGCCCCAGCCCCCAAAGCGGAGCCGAAGCAGGCGGCUGGGGCUGCCGAGAGCAGCAGUGAGGAAUCAAGUGAGGACACGUCCUCUGAGGAAGAGGAGCAGCUGGCAACUCCAGCCGUCCAGGCAAAACCAGCUGUGAAAGCAGCACAGUUUAAUGCAGCACCUGUGAAAAGUGCACCUACUUCUCUGGUGUCUCACAAGAAGAAUGCAGUGAAGCAAACAGUGCUGGCACCAAGCCACACCAAACCUACAUCCACAACGGUUCCAGGGGCUGCGCAGCCCGUUGACACAUCAGAGAGCAGCAGCUCAUCAGACAGUGAAGAUGAACUUCCUUCAGUAACCCAAACAAAGUCACCUCCAAAAUCCUCCCAGGCCAUCCCAUCCCCGGUGAAACCUACACCAGCAGCAUCACUUUCCGUCAAAGCAUCUCCAGCAAAAGCACUUCCAGUGUCACAAGGGAAGCCAGCACCAAAAACAGCAGUGCCAAAGCAGGCUAAAACCCUGCUGGGAAGGACUGCUGCUCCCACAAAGCCUGCUGAAAGUGUAAAGCCAGUGGAAAGCUCUGACUCUUCAGGCAGUGAAGAGGAGGAUCUCCCUGUGCCCAUCAGCCAGAAGAGGUUAACAGAACAGCCCGGGCCUGUUCCCAACCUGAGCCAGACUGCUAAAGCUGGGCCGCCUGAAAAAGCAGUGGGAAGCACCUUGAAAAGCCAGGUCUCAGAAAGUGGGAGCAGUGACUCGUCUGACAGUGAAGAGGAGUCCCCUGCAGCACAGAGGCAGCCUCCACAAGCUGUGAAAACCAAUUCUGUGCCCCAGCCAACAAAUGUGAAGAAGGCACUGGCUUCGGCACCAGCCACAGCCCCUCCAGCUGUGGACAGCAGCGAUGAUUCCAGCGAGGAGUCAGAUUCAGAGAAUGAAAUAGUCCCCCCUUCUCAGAGUCUGCCCCAGCAGAAUGUCAAAGUGACUGCGGUUUUGAGCACGGUGGCUGCAAAGGCCAAUGCCACCCUGCCCGCAGGGAAGAAGGUAAAAACUCCUGCUGUCCCUCCAGCAAGCAGAGUGUCUGAGAGCUCUAGCAUGGAUUCCUUGGAGCACAAUGUGCUGACAGGAAAGGCCCCCGCUGCUUCCAGCUUAAAGCAAACGGUUCCUGUGGGAAAAGCUCCUCCAGCCAACACUGCCGCCCCUCAGGCUGCUUUGCUCCCAGAGAGUUCCACUGGCAAGGUGAAGAAGCCAGGCCUGCAGCCAGUGCAGAAUGCCCAGCUGAGCCAGACCACACUGCCCACCCAGGCAGAGGACACCACAGACAGCAGCAGUUCCUCUGACAGUGACGAGGAGGAGGCACCCAAGGAGCCCCCCAGAACUGCAGGCUCGCUGCAGAAACCAGGAGUGACCCAACCAGCCCACAGCUCCUCCUCAGAGUCCAGUGAGGAGGAGGAAGAGGCAGCAUCACAGUCCCUCCUCACAGGCUAUCUGGGCUUCUCCAAGGCCCCAGCAGCACCCCAGGCCCCAAAGACGGUUCCUUCCCAGCCUGUAGGUGAAGUGGGGCCGGGGAAGGCAGCUGUGACUGCUGCAAACUCUCCCGCCAAGGCCCCUCUGAAAGCAGCCCCAGCCGACAGCUCAAGCACUGACAGCAGUGACUCCGACACAGAUGACAACCAGGUGGCUGCAAACCACAAAGCAGAAAACAACCCCCCUUCAGGGCAGGAAGCCACAGAAGCCUCCAACAAAGAGAAGGUGGCAGGAAAAACAGAGCCAGGUCAUGCCAGCCGCAAACCUUCACUCAAGAAAGCCCUGGCAGCGAAAGAGAAUGAUGUUGGUGCAAAAGAGGUGCAAGUGACCCCAGCACCAUCACAUGCCCCGCUCUCCGUCCCACAGUCAGGGGAGCCAAGCUCAGGGAGCGAAACCGAGGUCACUACUGCUCCCAAAGUCCCUGCAGUGCAGGCAGUGGAAGGAUUAGAAGCGAAGAAGAAGAAGAAAAAGGAGAAAAAAGAAAAGAAGGAAAAGAAGAAACCAUCCUCCACGGCAGACAAGGCUGUGAAACCGUCUAAGAGCAAAGACAAAGAGAACAAGAAGCAGAAAACAUCUCAGAAGCGGAAACUGGGGGGAGAGGAUGGGGCUGUGGGGCAGCCCAAGGAGAAGAAACGGAAAGGGCAGGCUAAUGAAGAAGUACCCAAAAAGAAAAAAAAGAAAGAAGAUGGUGACCUGGAGAAGACAGCAGGCAGCAAGGAAAAGAAAAAAACAGCUAAAAAAAAGAAGACUGGAAAAGAAAAGAAGAAAAGCAAAAAGGUGUCUUUUGAAGGGGAGCCUGUAGCAGAUGGCUCUGCUGAGGUUCACAAGAAGAAGAAGAAGAAGAAGAAAACAGCUGAGCCUGAAGGACUGUGAGAAGGUACAUGGCCUGUAGAUGGGGACUAUCCAUUGGUACCUCAGAGCAGCGGUAACCUUGGCCAAAUUCAGAACUCCUGGGCCAGUUUUGGGAAGACAGUGUGCCCUCUAAGUGGUCACUGAGCCAGCCU